CUCCUAGCUGAGUCCUGCCCUUUGCGUGCUGAGCUCUGGCUGGGUCACUUUCACUACCAUGGAAUCCACGUUUAUUAGUUGACAUUAAAUCCACCUCCUUCUCUCCGCAUCCAUCUAGGGUCUAUUUACCAUCUUUUUUAUUUCAUUGAUUUUUUUUUUUUUUUUUGCUGUGAGCCCAAGGUGACAGGAGGACACCAUGAAGCUGAUAGUAGGAAUUGGCGGUGUUACCAAUGGUGGAAAAACUACACUAACCAACAGGCUUAUUUCAUCAUUGCCUAAUUGCUGUGUUGUACAUCAAGAUGAUUUCUUUAAGCCCCAAGACGAGAUUGCAGUUGAAGAUGGAUUUAAGCAGUAUGAUGUUAUCACUGCCUUGGAUAUGGACUCAAUGAUUGACACGAUUGACGCUUGGAUAAAAAAUCCAGUAAAGUUUGAACGCUCUCACGGCAUUAACAAUGUUUUGGACAGUGAGGAACCACAUCAACAUCAGGAAGAGGAUAACCAUAUCCUUAUAGUGGAAGGCUUCCUUCUCUAUACCUACAGACCACUAAUCGAUAUGUUCACCCAUCGCUACUUUCUUUCAAUACCCUACGAUGAAUGCAAGGCAAGAAGGAGUUCUAGAAACUACACUGUUCCAGAUCCACCAGGACUUUUUGAUGGACAUGUUUGGCCGAUGUACAUUAAGCACAAGAACAUAAUGGAAGAGUUAAACGUUACUGUUGAACAACUGGAUGGAACAAAUACAAAAGAAGAAUUGUUCAACAGAGUGUAUGGAGACAUACUUAACAUGAUCAACUGCAAGGAAUAAAUUGAAGAUGUUGCCGUUUUUACCAAGAAGAUGCCUUUUUAACUUAUAUAUUUGUAUUGCACAUGCUUCAUCUGCUGCAAUUUUUUAAAAAAUACUGAAAUGCAUUUUAAUAUAAAAUCUUUUAAGAAGCUGCUGUAAAUUAGAAGCACUCCAUCCGAAUAAACGAUUACUUGAAUCACA